AGCAAAAGUCCCGAGUCUUCAAUUAAGGGGCUAAAUCCGACCCCACAAAUGUUUUUGUAAGAGCUGAUUGCCCUGGCUUGUGCGUCACUGCCGGAGCGUGGAGAGGCGUGCCAGUGUUCAAUGGACGUGUGCAGACCCCAAAGCAGGUGGUACCAGAGCUUAAAAUACCAAGGAGGCCCUCGUCCACAGAGCACAGACUUCAGGUCUCCAAGGAGGAUGGGUGGCUGCAGCACAAGAGGCAAGCGGCCGUCAGCCCUCAGUCUGCUGCUGCUGCUGCUCUGGGGGAUCGCAGCCUCUGCCCUCCCCCUGGAGAGCGGUCCCACCGGCCAGGACAGCGUGCAGGAUGCCGCAGGCGGGAGGAGGACCGGCCUUCUGACUUUCCUUGCCUGGUGGCAUGAGUGGGCUUCCCAAGACAGCUCCAGCACCGCUUUCGAAGGGGAUACCCCGGAGCUGUCUAAGCGGCAGGAAAGACCACCCCUCCAGCAGCCCCCGCACCGGGAUAAAAAGCCCUGCAAGAACUUCUUCUGGAAAACCUUCUCCUCGUGCAAGUAGCCGGAGCCUGACCGGCCACCCUGUGAAUGCAGCCGUGGCCUGAAUAAAGAGUGUCAAGUA